CUUUAUUCAGUUCAGUCAACGCGAUCGAGUCGUAUGGUUUUGUAAGCAACAUGGAUUUCGUACCAAAAGACAUGAUUCUCGAGCGGAGGGCAGAUACGAUGCAGUAUGUCCGCAAAGUGUUCGACCUGGAUCAACCGGGGGCUAUGAAGGAUGCUGUUAACAUUCUUACAGAAUGGGUGCAGAAACAGUCACAUUUCAAUAAGAAGGAUUUCAGAAGCUUUUAUUUGGAGACGACAAUACUGGGAUGCAAGGGGUCAGUGGAGCGUGCCAAAACGCAAAUGGACAAAAUCUGCACGAUGAGAACGGUGCUGCCGCAAUUUUUUGGGGCUUUCAACCCAAAAACUGAUUUUGAGCAUCUGUACGAUGUUGCGAACUCAUUAAUGUUGCCUAAAUUGACCGAAGAACACCACCGAGUAUUUGUUUGCAAAUUUUAUGAUGUCGAAUGGGACGCUUCACAAGGAAUACACUUUUUCAGGCAUAACAUUACCCUAGCAGAAUACGCCAAAGUGCACGACUAUUUAAGUGGAUUCAUCGUGAUCAUCGACUUCACGGAGGCAAAUUUGAUGGACUACGUUAUGAAAUUGAACCUUGUUCAAUUGAGACAAGCCAUGACAAUCUACAUCGAGGGCUACGGAAUGAGAAUACAGGCAAUUCACCUAAUAUCACAAUCAAAAUUUGUGGAUACAUUAGUUACAAUAUUAAAACAAGUACUAAGCGCUAAAGUGGCAAGCCGGAUCAAUAUCCAUAAGAGCCACGAAGAGCUACAUAAAUACAUAUCAAAAGACAUACUGCCUAAAGAUUUUGGUGGGGAAGAACGUUCGUUGAAAAAACUUCAAGAGGAUUGGGUUGAGGUGCUGUCAUCACAGGAACACUUGGAUUACUUGCGAGAAAUGGAUUCAGCCACAACCAAUGAAGCCUUCCGGCAGAAAGACAAAUUUUCAGAGCAGUAUGCCGGAAUGCCUGGCACAUUUAGACUUUUGAGCGUGGAUUAGGACUUUUUUGUGGAUUUAUUUUUUAUUUAUCGAUGUUUUAACAUAAUAUUAUAUAUACUAUAGGGCAUCUUGGAUAUAAUGUUAGAUUAAUAGUAGGUUAAAACUAAAAGCAAACAAAGUAUAACUACUAUUUAAUUGGAAGGGCUAUCUAGUGUUGAUAAUCGUGUGCUGUCGUCAAUAUUGCGUCUUUAACUCAAAAAUCUCUACGGUGAAUUCACUCUUUUAUAUCUCUAUACAACUUGUAAAUUUAAACCUAAAUAUUACAUAACACGCUUUAGAGGUACAUUAUGUACUGUCUCUGAGACUUAUCUGUGAAACCGAUACGCUAAAUUAAAUAAAUUAAAAAAAAAAAUUAAGUCGAAAUUCACAAUUUGUGUAAAUUUGGGUUUGAUUUAUUUUUUACCGAGCCGUGCCCACCCCAAUAGCAUUAAGAUCAGACACAUACGCCGCGUGACAGUAAAGUAUGCGUAAAAUGCCUACUAGUGUGUGUCAGUUUUUAGUAUAAAGACGCAAGAUGAUGAUAAAAGAGCACACUGUUAUAAACAAUUAACACCAUAUAAACAGAUUCUUGAUUUGACUGUUUAAGAAUUUUAAUGCUACAAAUGGUUUAAAGAAAUAAAUUCCUAUCUUUAAAUUCUUAAUAUGCAUCCAUGCUCUCUUAUUAACGUAGUAUUUUAUCCCAAUCAUGAGAACGUGUACGGGCAAUGUAUUAUGUACCUAUUAUAAAUUUUCCAUUGCGGUAGCAGUUAGCAGUUUAACAAUUUAAUAGGACAAUCUGUUAUUCAGAUAUUCUUUUUAACCUUCUUACUAUAAUGCUUUAUCAUUUACUGAACUGAAUAUCAAUAGAACAACAUUAUUAAGGUAAAACCUUUAAAUUAGCAGUUUGCUUAUGUGAGCGUUAACUAGGUUGAUUGACCACGCUUGUUCGUUCUCGUAGUAAGUCUCGGCGAGGAAAGAGACGGGCCAGCCGGCGUGACUUUUUUACCGUGCAAAAAAACAGUGAGAGAUUUUUCAUAAAGCAUUUCAAAAUAAUUGUAUUUUAUGAAACGAAACUGUUUUAAUCCACAUAAAUGUUUUCAAAAUGCGAUUUCAAGAGACAGAUCUCUUUUUCGAAUAAU